AAAUCGCCAGUUUGAGUUGAGUCGAGGUGGAAGGUGCACGUCAGGCAAUUAUUUAGCGGUGUUGUGAUCCUACUUUUCUGAAACCUACGAUUAAAAAAGGUGAAAUAAGUGAAAUGUGCGCCAACGAUACAGUGGGUGUGCUGAGGCUAACCUGAGUGGCCCCGCGUGGCAGACAGGGCACUGCUGUGUGAGUGGGCACCCGCCUCCGCAGCCCACUGGUCACUGUUACGUUGGGAGUGACGGACCCGUGUGACCUGCGCGUGACCUGACCUCAAGAGAAUCCGAAUACAGGACUCUGGUCGAGGAGCGGGGCCUCAGCAGCAGCAGCAACAGCAGCCGCGUCGGGCCGAGGGACGCACCGUGACUGCCGCCGACCGUGUUGGCGCCGCCAUGAGCGUCGGUGGGACGCACGCGUGACGCCCGCCGCCUCAUGUCCGCGGCGGAGGGCGGCGCGGGGGGCGGCGACGGAGGCGGUGGAGGCGGUGGAGGUGGAGGGAGUGGCAGCGGCGGCGGCGACUCCACCAUCCCCUUCAUUGACGAUGACAGCGGGUCGUCGGCGUCGUCGUCGUGCGCGUCGUCUAUGAUGGGUGAAGACGACGACUCUGCCUCGCUGAGCCGCGUGCUGGACGAUGCCGCCUCCCGCGAACUGAGCAUCAACGGCCUCCACGACGACCUCACGUCGCUCUCGUGCGGCUACACCUCCCUGGACCCCCACAGCGACGCCCGCAGCCACAGCAGCAGCGGAGAGGAGUCUCAGGCCAAGUCCCGGGCGGGCUCCGAGCGGUGGUCGUGGCGGCGGUCCUCGGGCGGCUCCCACAGAACCUCCAAGUCCAGCAUCAAGUCCAGCGACAACCUGGACGAGGAGCGGGGACACGAGGCCCAGCCCGCCCUGCCGCCCGCCCUUCCGGCCUGCGACACCUGCGAGGACCGCUCCUCCACCUCCUCCUCCUGUUUCACUGCCACCUCCUCCUCCGUGCUCUCCUGCACCACCUGUGCCGCUGAGAGUGAUGCCGCCGCCCCCCACCCAGAGGCGGAUGCCCCCAGGCAGCAGGUCGAGGCCGAGGCCCCUCACCCGGCGGCCGAUGUCCCCAACCAAAAGGCUAAUGACUGCCCGCCCCAAGACGAUGCCGCCUCGUGUGAGGCUGACGCUCCCCGCCCCGAGGCUGACAGCUCCGGCAAGGCCUCGGCGGAAACCCUUCAUGAAGCCCCAGCGGAGCAGCCGCCGCCCGAAGCCCCGGCGCCCUCAGCCCCUGAAGCGCCGCCGACCCUCAGCAACGGCCAGAUGACGCCCCAGGCACGCCUCAGCUUCCUGGGUCAGGAGGCGUGGCACCCCGGGGGCCCCGGGCCGGAGCUGCUGGUGCCGCUGGGGACCUCCACCCCCCAGGCCAGCGGGCCGAACCGCCCCACGCCCCACCACUACAUCUCCUCCAUGCGGGUGGCCUCCAUGCGUGGCGCGGCGGACAUGGGCGGGGCGCUGGUGGCCCGCGUCGCCACCUUCCUCAGGACACAGUACAAGAACCUCACCUCCACGCCCCUCGUGCUGCCCUGGUGCCCCGCCUUCAGGAUGGACGUGAGUGACUUCGACACCAGCCUCGUCCAGGUCCCCCUCGCGCCCCACCUCAAGGUCCCCCCCGGCCUGCUCACCCUGCCCGCCAUCCUGCAGCCACACCAGCUUUCCUUCAACGAAUCCACGGUGGAGGAUCGGCCGCGGCGGGUGCUGGUGGAGGGCGACCCGGGCUAUGGCAAGUCCACGCUGGCGCUCAAGUUGGCCUAUGACUGGGCGGCCGACCCCACCGGCUCCUACCUCUCCUCCUACAGUCUGGUGUUUGUGGUCACCCUGAGGGACCUGAGGGGGUCACUGUUCUCCCACCUGUGCAAGGAGGUGCUGCCCCGCCACAUCCUCAGCAAGGAGGCGAUGAACACCCUCUGGAACCACCUCAAGAAGAUCGAAGAGAAGGUCUUGUUUCUCCUGGUGGGUUAUGAUGAGCUCAGCGAAGAUGAGAGCGGGGACAUCACGGAGCUCAUCGACGGGCAGAUGCUGGGCAAUGCAACGGUCGUGCUCACCUCCCGGCCAGGCUCCUCCAAGCCCUUACCAGCUCUCCUCCACCGCCGCCUCCUCAUCGCUGGCCUCGCUCCAGACCAGACGCACGCCUUCAUCACCAAGUACUUCCGGGCCAUCAACAAGCCCGGCAGCACCCAUGAGGUCAUGUCACUGGUCACAGCGAGUCGGGAGAAGUACGGUGACCUGGUGACCUGCCCCAUCAUGUGCCUGGCCCUGGGUGUGCUGUACGAGGACCUGGGGGGAAAGCUGCCGUCGCGCCUCACCGACAUGUACAUGGCCCUCAUCAAGCACAUGAUACGCAAGAACCUGCUGAGGCGCGGUGAACCCAUGUGCUACGACGUCCUGCCGGAUAAAUACAACAAACUGCUCUCGGACUUUGGCAAGCUGGCGUUGGAGGCGCUGAAGUGCAACACACCUUACUUCACGGGGCAGGACCUGAGGACUCGCUGCCAGCACGGGGCGGAGGUGGUGGAGCUCGGCAUCCUCCUCAAGAUGCAUUCCAUGUCCAAGCUGAGCAAGAAGGACCACUACACGCCAGUCCACAAGUCCUUCCUGGAGUUCCUGGCGGCGUUCUAUCUCUCGGGGCUGAUUCAUGACCCUUCGCUGAUGCAGGCGGAGAUUGACAACAUUGCCGACAAGCUGGACAUCACUCACCCUAUUAUGAGACAAAACUCCGGCCUCAUGGUGCUGCGCUACCUGGUGGGGCUCCUGGGACGCAACGCUCACAUCAUCUUCAACAUCGUGUCCCAGAUGGGCGUGCCGCAGCGCAUCCUCUUCCUCCUCCUCAAAGAGAGCGGCAUUUACCAGAUGAACGUGCUGGAGGAGCGUGCAACAAGCAUGUACCAGAAGAAUGUGGUGGAGGUCUGCAAGCAUGUGUCGGGACGGGAACAUGUGGUGAUUCAGACCAAUUCCCCGGAGCUGGAGGACUGGGGGCGGCUCCUCUAUUCCCCGGACUGCCUACUGGAGGGCGUGGAGGUGCUGCUGGACUUUGAUGGCACCUCCAGGGACCGGCAGGAGUCCUUCUUCACCUCCAUGUCCUUCAAUGAGAGCGUCAAGAGUGUGAAGCUGACAUGUGUUGUUGGUGGGGAGUUUGGUGUGUCUGAGGUGACCCGGCUGGUGUCCUACGUACGGGCUGUGCUCACCAAGAGGCGACUGGAGUCCUUCGAGAUCCAGGUGACGUCCUUGGAGGAGGCCACCACAGAGAUCCUGAGUCCCGUGGUGGAGAUGAUCUGCGACACGCUGCCGGAGCUUGCCCAGUCCCUCAACAAGCUGGUGGUGGCCCUGGAGCUGGACGGACAACAGGUGAUGCAGCUGUGUGAGGUGCUGCAGGAGGCGCCUCACGUGCGGGUGCUGCACCUGCCCCACCUUGCCUGUGGGAUGGAGGGGCUGAGGGCCGUGGCGAGGCUCGUGGAAACCAACCCGCUCAUGUCUCUCAACUUGGCUGGCUCCCUCAGCUCAGGCACACCAGUGGAGGAGCGGUGUGCAGGUACCGGUGCCAGUACUCCCUCCCCCACCCGUGAAGACCCCGCCCCGGCCCCACUCUCCUUCUGGAACUUCACCGAUGCCCAAGGAAACACGCGCUCCGUCUUCAACUCCCUGCCGCGCUCCUUCUACCAGUCGCUGCCUCGCCGGGGAAGGCUACACUCCCUCUCAGCCGACAAGCGCAACUCGGACUCGACGUUACUCCAGCGCACGUCAUUCCCUCCCCCCUCGUGCAGCCCCUCCAUACAUGCCAACGGAUUCCAUGAGAUCUUCUCGGCAUUCCGGAACCCCGCCUCGCGCGUCUGUCACCUCAACAUCAGCAAGUGCACGUUGGGGGCGGAGGACCUGGUGUGCCUCGGGGAGACGGUGCGGUUCACACGCUGCCUCUCCUCCCUCAGGAUGGAAGGGCUCUCCAGGAUGGCCGAGAUCAUUCCUGUCCUCAUCGCCCUGCAGGAGAACACCAGCCUGCAGCUCCUGGACCUCACCUCCCCCCACAUCCUGCUCGGAGAUGCUGCUCUGCAAGUCACUCUCAACGCCCUUGCCAAGAACAGGUCUCUCAGGUUUCUGGUCCUCAAUGGCUGGACGAUACAGGUGGAGAGUGAGCGGUCGGUGCGAGAAGUGAUACAGUUCCUGGCUGCAACGGAGCUGCAGCAUAUUGACCUCGGGAGUUGCCGGGUGAUGGCGAUGGUGCACGAGGGGGCACUGGCUCGUCUCUCCCGCCAGGACGACCUGCUGUCGGCCCUGCAGGAGGGUGUGCCGCCCCUCCACAACAACACCCUCGCCUUCCUUAACCUGGACAACUUUGAGGUGACACUCAACAACAAGGUGGUGCUGCGAGGGCCCCAGCUGCUGUUCCUGCUGCGUCACUUCCCCAAGCUGGUGGAGGUGUCUCUCGCCUCCAGCCUGGGCGCCGAUGUGAUAGACGAUGCCACCACCCACCGCCUCUUCUCCCUCAUGUCCGGCUCCUUCCCCUUUCUGCGCCGCCUCACUCUCUCUGGCUGGGUGUUCUCCCUCGACAACUGUGAGAAGGUGAUGAGGGCGGCAGGAAAACACUUGCGCGGGAGUCAGCUGCGGGAGGUGUUCCUGAGCGGCGUGGAGGUGAGGGAGUCAAGUGGGACACCGGGGAUGGAACACACACUGCUGGCCGCCCUCACCACCAACCUGCACCACCUCACCCUGCUCUCCCUGGCUGGCCUCAAGCUCACACCAACACAGGCACAGAUCUUUGGCAAGACUAUGCGGGAUAAAAUGGCAGCCUCAACCAUGGAGCUGGAGACUCGCGGCCUAGGUUACCCGGCAGUCAAGACACUGCGCCAUGUUCUCACUGAUGGCGGCCGCUACGAGCUUGAGUUCCUUGGCGGCCCUUCGAGCACGUACAAAGUUAAGAAGAUUGACCGGCGAGAGAAACUGAUCGGCAAGUGGGCGUGUAUCUCCACCCUGGACCGCCUCACCGACCUGUGAAGGGCCAUGGUUCCUGCAGCCAGUGUGCUGAGCUGUCACCUGACAAUCCUCAUCCUGAAGGUGGUCCUGUCUCCCCUCCCUCAGAAAGCCGCAGUGCUGCCGGGACCUGUGGGGUAGUGUUGGGGUCUUCUCAGAAUCUCAGAAGCAGCACAGAGACUUGGUGGCAAUUAUUUGUUUUGGGUGUUGUAGUUAUGUUCUGGUGUUCAGCUGCUGCUGUCCCCAAAAUGUACCCUUGCACUGUGAUGUAGCAACCCAGAGGUCUUAUGAGUGUGAUAUAGUGUUAAUUAUGUGUGUGUGUGUGUGUGUGUAUACAUGGUGUUGAAAGCAAUAAACAGAGGAUCUAGGUCAUGCAUUGUUUGGCUUGGCACCAUUGGUGCUUUGUUAUGAAGUAUUUGUGCUGAAAGUAUUUAUUUCAAACACAGCAAAGGUGGUCUCUGGGCCUUGUAUUAUGCCGUGUUUCACAAACUUGCAUGAAAACAGAGGCUGCAUUUAGAUGUAAUAUAUGCAGAGAUGCUUCCUUGUUUCCAGUGCCAAAUCCAACAGAUGCAUUUAUCUCUGCCCUUGCUCCUAUGCUGGCACUAAAAAUAGCAGGAAGACAACCAAUCAUUCUGUUGAGGCACUUGUGCAAUGGGAGGCGCAGUCUCUCUUGAACAUCAGUAAAAAUGGUAAAUACGGUGACACCAAGCGCUUCCUUGUACCCCAAGACUGGUGCUUUACAGACCUCUUUGUGCUUCCUAUCAGGACUUUGCCUUAUUUUCAGACACUAACGGCUGGAAGGUGUUGUUGUCUUGGUGCUUUACCUGUUACUGAUGAACAAAAAUAUAUUAAGCUACAAUUCACUGUUAGGAAAGAUGAGGGUAUUGCACAAAGACUUAGAACAUAACUGGUUAGGCUCCCAUGUUCAAAUCUCAACCUCCUUGCUUGGGGUUAUCAAUUUGGCCAUUCCUCUGAAGUGCUGCUAAAAGUUAAUGACAUAUAAGGGAAUGAGUUCGGUAAAAAUAUAUUGUUUGAAAAAUAAGGUGAGAAAUCUUCACAAAGUUAAUGGCCAAGUUACCAUGUUCAAACCUUAGCCUUCUUUGCCUCUUAGAAUUAAUAGGUUGAGAUUUGAAUAACAUUAAAAUUGAGAAAGUUGAAGGGAAUGAUUGUUAAAAGUAUUGGUAAAAUGUUAGGACACAUGGUUAAAAAGUUUCUGGUCUGCUUCGUGUCUGAACCUCCUCAGCUUCCUCAGGACGGGGCGAGGGUUGGGAAUGCAAACGUGACCAUAACUUUUUUUCAAAUCAAAGGUCACAGUCUUGAAGGCAGCUCGUGUGUCUGUCUGGUGACUGAUGUGUUGAGGCAGGCACACGUAGCUGGAGUAUGUAAAGGGUGCGAUGAUGCAUGCUUGUGUGGGUGCUUGUGAGAGAAAGAGAUUAGAUCUUUCUUUUACUGUAGUUUUUUAUUUUUCAAGUCUGUGACCUCAAUCUGCUAGGCUCAAUAAAUAGGGUGAUUAUUACUAUUAUUUGUUAUAUAUUGGCAGUUAGUGGGUAAGAACCCAUUACCCUGCAACACAGGGAAAGUGUGACACCCACGUCACCACAGUUUACCUUCCCCAGGUAGGGAGAAUGAACAGUUUAUUCACAUAAGCUGCACGCCAACUUCCAGACCGGGAUUAUACCCAGACCUAUGGAUUUGUAGCUAGGCGUGCUAACCACUACACCACUAAUGGUAAAUUUUACACAAAGUGAGAUAAACCAUUUUAAUAUCAGGUUUGGUUUGGGGAGAACUGUAUAGAAUUUGUAUUACUCACUAUGUGAAUAUUUCUGUUUACUGGAGAAACUUGUGUAGAUUAAAUAGAUGGUUCAAUGGAGUUCUCACCCUUUUCCUAAUCAUUCUCAUUAUUCCUAAAUUCAUCAAUAGUCAUGCAUUUAUACUUAUUCAUUACUGCUAGCAGCUACUUUAAACAACUGCUGCUGCAAAUACUACUACUACUACUACUACUACUACUACUACUACUACUACUACUACUACCACCACCACCACCACAGAUACAUUUGUCUCCAAGGUAUUUUGGAGAUCCAGGGCCAGGUUGCAGUUUUUCGAAGGCCAGAUAAUAAUCUUGGCACCCUGAGACAAUUUUUUCCCAUUAAAGGCAUGAAACUCCCAUGUCACCAUCACCAUCUCCCAUGUUAAUUUCAACACCACCAUCACCACCACUAUCACCAUCUCCAUUGCUCCUUGAUACUCUCCUUCUCAUGCUGCACCUCACCAACACCCUAUCAAUACCCUGCAACACUUGUCAGGUGGUUUCAUCAGGGAACUAAAUGUACCUGACGUUUUUUACACUUUUCAUACUAAAACGACCGCCUUGAAUCAAUGUGUGGUGGCGGUGGUGGUGGUGGUGCUUUGUUUGUAUGUCUCCCUACCACUUCAAGAAGAUUUAGAGAAGCUCGUGUUAGUUUGUAGGAAAAAUAUAAUCCAGUAGGAGAUUUAGUGACAUAAAAAGUUUGCAGCCAAAAGCAAUAGGAGAAAAUCUACUAAGGCAAAUUACUAUAACCAGAAGUUUUUUGGAGGAGGUUCCCAUAUUACAGUUUACAGUAUAAAAACCCUUAUAUUUUUUAUUGUAUUCAUCAAGACUCACGUAAGGGACGUAGUGUCUAGUACCCAUAAUAGAUAAAGAUGUGCAGUGUUAGUUUUUGCCCCACAUCCUCUAACCCUUCCUCUCUUGGGGCUCAGGGUAGCUCAGUGGUAGUGUGUUGGACUCGCAAUUACAAGGUAGUGUGUUCAACGCUUAGCUGUGGGAUCGAUUUCCUGUAACUAGCAAGUCUACAAAGCCUCAGAUGCUUAGCUUAGAGGACUGUUUAAACUUCUUCCAUUCCCCUCUGGCUACUAACCACCCUUGCUUUGUCCCUCCCUUCAUCCCUGACUACCUACCUCCCUGUCUUCCUCUCUCCUUCUCCCUCCUUAUCUCCCCUGCUCACUUGCUAUCCUGCCAACCUUCUCUGCCUACCUACCUGUUUCCUCUUUGCCUACCUCUUUUCUCCCUGCCUACCUACCACUCUCCCUCUCUCCCUUCCUGUGCAUCUUUGCCUUUCCUUCCUGUACCUUCGUGAUCUGUGCUCAGCUGGACCAGGGUCUCAGCAGGUCUGACCUGCAGCUGGGUCACUCAAGGUCAUGUCAGUGUAACAGUCCCUUCCCUUCCUUCCUCAGCUAGACUUGGGGAAGGUGAGUCGACAUGUAAAUAAAAACUAGUGAACACUGUAAUACAUACCGGUUUGUUGAUGGUGAUGAGAUGAAGGCUUUAAGUUACCCAUGAGCAUCAGAGAAGACAAUUCCACGCCUCUUGGCAGCCACUUGUUUGUUGAACGGCACGGCGGCCACUUAAGGGUUGUACCUUGUAAAUAAUAAGGAAGUCAGUCAUGCAGUAAUGGAAGUCAAGCAGUAUGUUUCUGUUGACACUGAUAGUACUUCACAUCCCAAUAGUUAAUGUUGAUGUUACAUAUACAUAUGAUUUAUAUUAUAUAUAAAAAUAUUUAUGGUACCAGAGUCUUUGUACUUCUUAUACAGGCAUUUUAGCUACCUGUGUUGUUUUACAAAUUUGUGCACGAUGAUGGAAGCAAUACAUUUUCCAACCCCAUUUAGGAAUCAUUUUACCCAAAUUUGUUUCCUUGUAUCUUGUUUUUGGGGUGGAGCCCAGCCAAGGUGUGUUGUUUUGCUAGUCACCUCCUUACAACAUGCACUGUAGGGAAGGGCCUGGGUAAUGCAGUGUGGGUGUGCAUGCGAGUGUGUGUGCGUGUGCAUGCGUGUGUCCAAAUAGCUGAUCCUCUCAAGUGUAUGUACAUUAUGUUAACCAUUAAGAUUUAGGUAUACAUACAAUGUUAUUAUUUGUACAGAUGUUUUCCAUUUAUGUACACAUUAAUCCUUAUGUAUACAUACUGUAUAGGUGUUCCCUUCCAUGCACACUUUGACAUUUUGUACAUUUCCAACACCCAAUCCCUCCUUCCUCCCUUCCUUAGUGUACAUGGAUGGGCUACUUGACUCAUUAGCACACCUAUGCACAUGUAAGUCUGGGGUGCUUGUGUACCUCCUGGGAUGGUGUACAGCUGUAGACAAAAAUGUAUAUUUUUAUCUAAAUCUCAUUGUGACCUUAGUCUCUUUCCAUACACCAUCUCCACCUGCUGGUUCAUUCCCCUCCCACUUCCCUUCCUCUCUGCGUCAGCCUCCACACUCUAUCUCGUGACUUCCUGCCCAGAAGGAGGCUGCUGUGUCAGAUCGAAUUAAGACUACAGUGGAUUGAUAUUUUUGUCCACAGCUGUACAUCACGACAAGUACACACUGAAGUUGAGUAUUCCAAGGCAGUGGUACACACACUCACUGGUGCACACAACCACUCAUUGGUGUGCACUCUGGUGUAUACGCAAGCACUGGUGUACACAUGAACAGUGGUGUGUGUGCAUCCUCUGUAUUGACAGGUUGUGCUUCUAUGAAAGCAACGUGAUCGGAAUAAAUGUGGAAAGUUU